GUACAAAUACAUAGAAUUUCCAAACAAACGUCCAAAAAUACCCUCACUCACACACAGAAAAACCCACUCUCUUGCUUAUUUUUUUAGCACAGAGAUUUCAUUCUCCUCUUUUUCUUAAUUGCACAAAUUACAGGCUUCAUAUUUAUACUCAAAUCCCACUUUUUUGGUAGUAAUUUCUCGAUUGAAGAACUGGAUAGUCGACAAAUCUUUGAAAUCGAAUCUCUUGAGCUCAGCGCUUGCCUCCCAAUAAACAUCAUCUUUGACUUUUGCACUUGAAUUUACAUCUUUUUUUGCCUUAAAAGUAAUAAAGAACACCCAAAAAUCAGGUCUUUUUUCUGGGUUCUUUUGAAUUCUUUUCUUGCAUUUAUUGCUUUCAUUUGAAUAGUUGGAGCUUAAGUUCCCUUUAAAUUUGCAGUUUUUUGAUCUGGGUUUUUUUUGUUUCCCUUCUCUCUAUCUUUUUGUGUUACUGUUUUUCAAUUUACUUCGAUUGUGGUGCUAGUGCUUCUGAUUUAGUGGGGUUUGUUGUGCUUUUUAUCUUGGUAUCUGUAAAUUUUGUGGGGUUUGUUUUUGAUUGAUUAAGUUUAUUUUUAUUCCUUUUUAUAAGCUCAAUUGGGGUUUCAUUUUUCUUGCUGGUGUAAUUUGAAGCUUAACUUGAGGUUUGUAAUCCUUGUGUUGCACGAUGGACUCCCCACAAUCUGUUGUAUCACCAUUCAAGAACUUGACUGUUAGUGGUGUUGAGCCAGAGAAACAGAGAUCAGAAGUCUCAGUCCGCGGCUCUCCCACUCACAUAGCUAACGGAACUGGCAAGAACGGGGUGAAUGUGAAUGUGAAUGUGAAUGUGAAUGUGAAUGUGAAUGUUAAUGUAAAUAACUCAGAAGAUUUCAUUGGCACCCUCGAUGUGUAUGUACAUCAGGCAAGGGACAUUCAGAACAUUUGUAUUUACCACAAGCAAGAUGUUUAUGCCAAGCUUUGCCUAACCAGUGACCCUGACACUGCUGUAUCCACACAAACCAUCAAUGGUGGUGGGAGAAAUCCGGUUUUCAAUCAAAGCCUUCGUCUAAAUGUUAGGACGGUAGAGUCCUCCUUAAAAUGCGAGGUUUGGAUGCUUAGCCGUGUCAGAAAUUACCUUGAAGACCAGCUACUCGGGUUUGCUCUUGUGCCAUUAUCAGAAAUCCUUGUCAAGAAUGGGAAUUUAGAGAGAGAAUUCACUCUCUCAUCAACUGAUCUCUUCCAUUCCCCGUCUGGGUUUGUUCAGUUGUCUCUCUCAUACUCUGGGUCAACCCCUGAAAUCCUAGAAAUCCCUAAACAGCACAUGGAUUCCAGAAAUACGUUGCAGGAUUCAGAAUCUGUGGGGCCUGUUCCUAGUGAGUUUGACAACAUUGAGUUCCCUGACCCAAACAUGGCGAAUGAAAAUCAAAUGAUGGUAUCUGAGUACUUUGGGAUGAGCUUAGAGUCUCAGACUACUGAGAGUCUGGUUUCGUCAGACACUGAGAGUCACGAGCUUGGUGUUCGUAUUGUGGAGAGCUUCUCAGCAAAUAGUGAGGACUCUAAGCCAAUUCAUCAUAAUGCUGAAUCCCCUCCUAGCAGCGUAUCCACCAACGGAUCCCCGUCUGUUUGUCUCCCUACAAGCUCCCAAUCUUCUGAGACUCCUGUCACUUCAAAGUCUCCAGGUGAAGAGCAUGUUUCCCCUCUAAAAGACAACAAGAAUGACGAGGGUGAUGGUGAUAGUAAUUCUGCUAAUGGUUGUAAACCAUUGAAAGAUACAAGUGUAACCCCACUUGUUUCUGUGAAUGUCGAACCAGAGGAGAAGAUGGUGCAGCAGGAAUUUGUGAAUAUGUACAUGAAGAGCAUGCAGCAGUUUACCGAGUCCUUGGCUAAAAUGAAGCUUCCCAUGGAUCUGACUGAGUCUGAACCAACCAAAUCGGGGGAUUCUAGCUCAGAUCAGAAGUUGGAAACCCCAAAGAGUACCGGAUCACGGGUCUUCUAUGGGAGCAGGGCUUUCUUCUAAGUUUUUUUAUGGUGAUGGUGGAAAGCUAAAACAGGUGACUUUUUAGAUUUUAGAAUCAAAUCCCCCAGUAUUUAGUGAUUACUAAUGUACUACAUAUGAUGUAAUUUGUGCUUUUAGUGUUUUUUACCUCUGUAUGUUAAGAAUGUCUUAGAUGAUGAUGAUGGGAGAUGGUGGGCAAUGCUGUACUAGGUACAAACUUUGUUCUGUUACAUUUCCUGUCAUGAUAAAUGAACAAGUUUGUUCUGUUUACAA